AUACGGGAUAGAGAGAGUCUUCCCGAAUUCGGGGUUGUUGUCCAUUACUAUAUUUAUCCUCUCUUUCAUCUCCUCUCUUUCCACCACUCUUUUCUUACUCCUUCUCACCACUCUCAUAUCCUCUCUCCUCACAUCACUCUCUUAUCUACCUCUAACGUCUUCCCCUUCCCCCUCAACCUUUCACAAUGGCUCAGGAUCGUGCUCCUCCUCUUCGUCUCGGCUCCGAGGCCCCCAACUUCGAGGCUGACUCCUCCAACGGCCCCAUCACCUUCCACGACUUCAUCGGCGACAGCUGGGCCAUCCUCUUCUCCCACCCCGAUGACUUUACCCCCAUCUGCACCACUGAGCUUGGUGCCUUUGCUAAGCUCGAGCCCGAGUUCACUGCUCGCGGUGUCAAGCUGAUCGGCCUGAGCGCCAACGGCACCGAGUCCCACCACGCCUGGAUCAAGGACAUUGACGAGGUCACCGGCUCCAAGCUCAAGUUCCCCAUCAUCUCCGACCCCGAGCGCAAGGUUGCCUACCUGUACGACAUGGUCGACUACCAGGACACCACCAACGUUGACUCCAAGGGUCAAGCUCUCACCAUCCGCUCCGUCUUCAUCAUCGACCCCAAGAAGAAGAUCCGUCUCAUCAUGACCUACCCCGCCUCCACCGGCCGUAACACCGCCGAGGUCCUCCGUGUCGUCGAUGCUCUUCAGACCACCGACAAGCACGGCGUCACCUGCCCCAUCAACUGGACCCCCGGUGAUGACGUUGUCAUCCCUCCCCCCGUCUCCACCGAGGAUGCCCAGAAGAAGUUCAGCGACAUCCGCGUCGUCAAGCCUUACCUUCGUUUCACCAACCUGAACAACCUGAAGCAGUAGAUUCGAGAAUAUCGGUGGUCUCGUAAAUUGGAAGGUCAGUUUCGCAGUGACAUUGUUUCGAUUACGAGGCUGGUGGUCCUGGAAAAAGGGAAGGCAGAUAUGAUACGAAAGUUAUGAAAAAAUAUGACAUAAUACUUUGAUACCUGAUGGCACCGCACCGAGAUGAUGCCGACUGAAGUUUGCCAGGAGUAGUUCCAUUUGGCUGCAUGAUGUUGGUCUUCAUGCAGGAACCCAGCUUGGCCAACAGGAUGUGCUGGC